UCAGGCAGUCGAUGUCAGAGCUGUAGAUCAGCGAACACACGUGCAGCUUUCGCUCGUGUUUUUACGUGAUUAUAUCGCUGGAUUUACACUAAACUGACGUCAUGACGUCCGACAUGAAAUGCGAUGCGCUUUAGUUAUGUAUGGAUAUGAUUAUGUGUAAAUCUGACUGAGUUUCCAGGGACGAGGAACUGAAGAACAGCACAUCAUCAUCAUCAUCAGUGGAUAAACAGAGGAGAUGAAGAGUGAAACAAGAUCAGCUGAAGGACAGAUGGACUCUUCUUCAUCCUCCUCAUCCUCAUGCUGUAAGAGGAAGGCUGACAGACUGAUCUCAGAUUCUCCAGAGAAAAGAGAGAAACUGGAGCUCAGCUCACAGGAUGUGCUGACGGUGAAGGACGUGUGUGAUCUGAUCCACUACAUCACACUCAGACGCUCACACAACGUGAGGAAACCCAGCUGGUUGGGUGUCGGCGUGGAGCGAGUGUCCCGUGUGAACGUGAUGGUUCUGGACGGACUCACACAGAGUCACUUCUACAGAUACUUCAGUCACUUCAGACACCUGAGGAACAAAUACAGCACGAGAUGGACUCUGGCGCCCUCCUCUGGUGACCUGCUGACCUCUGACCUCCUCGAGGGUGAGGUCGCCGUGUGUGACGGAGCAGCAGAGACGCGUGCACCGCUGCCAGCUGCUCUGAUGUGGCAUCCCGUGAUUCGCCGCUUCAAUAUGAACGCCGACAGGCUGAGCACCUACCUGCUGACCGAACAGGAAAUGAUCAAACAGAAGUUUCCUGUAAAGGGUGGGCAGGGCUGCGAGGGGUUCGUGUGCACGCGGAGCGACGGGCACAUGAUGGACGGCAGUCCUCUGUUCGGUCUGGACUGUGAGAUGUGUCUGACGUGUGCGGGGUCAGAGGUCACGCGUGUGGCGCUGGUGGACGAUAGUGGACGCUGUGUGCUGGACGAGCUCAUCAAACCACCCAACCCCAUCAUCGACUACUUAACCAAGUUCUCAGGGGUGACGCGAGAGAUGCUGGCUCCCGUCUCCACGCGUCUGUCAGACGUUCAGUCCAAACUGCUGCAGCUGCUGCCGCCGGACGCCGUGCUGGUCGGUCACUCUCUGGACGGAGACCUGCGCGCUUUACACAUGAUUCAUCCUCACGUCAUCGACACGUCUGUGCUGUACCGGCAGGAUUCCGGCCGCAGGUUCAAACUCAAACACCUGGCUCAGGUCAUUCUGAAGCGGGAGAUCCAGUCAGAGGUCAGGACAGGUCACGACCCCUGUGAGGACGCGCUGGCCGCUCUUCAUCUGGCUCAGUACUUCAUCAGGAAGGGACCCAGGAAGAUGUUAGAUCGUCGAUGGCUGAUGUUGAUUCUCUGUCAGGUGGUUGAGGAUCAUCUGGAGGAUCUGUGGGAUAUGGACCUUCCUGAGGAGGACGAUUGUGAUCACGUGACCUCGUCUGAUCAUUGCCGCAGUCCUCUCCACUUCGGCCACACCCUCAACAGAUCUGGCCAAUCAGCAGUGUUCCUGGGCGGAUCGGUGAAGACGAACGGCUCGCUGUCCAAUCAGCAGUGCCGGAGACACCAGUGCUCCAGUGACAGAGAGGUGGUGUGUGUGUUCAGACGGGUGGUUCAGUUGUACACACUCAGUGUUCUUCAGUUCUCAUCAUUCAGCAGAACACUGAAUCAAACAGCAGCGAUGGGACGACACCUGCAGCAGGUGUGUGAGCGUCUGGAUCAGAUGUGUGUGCUGUUUGUCGGCCCGCUGCCGUCUGACGCCACAGAGACUCUUGUACACAGACUCCUGAAGCGCUGCGGACGCCUGCGCACCGUACGACUGCUGCACUACACACACGGGGUUCAUGCGGAGGUGGUGUUUGAGCAUCUUGAAGGAGCUCAGCUCGCUCUAGAACAUCUGAAUGGACACCAGAUCAACGACUGCAUCAUCAAGGUGCGGCGUCCCGUACACGAGUCGUGUCUGGAUCUGGACGAGCGUCUCUCUGAGCGUCAGAACGAUCCUCUGAACGCUCACGUCAUCUACGUGUGUAACCUGUCCUCCAAACCGCAUCGGCGUGAAGACCAGCUCCAGACCUUCGGACAGUUCGGCCCCGUCACGCACGUCACAAGCACCUCAGAGCAUGCUGGGAAACGCGGCAGACACGCCUUCAUCAAGUUUGAGUGUGCCGACAGCGCUCAGGCCGCGGUGGGCGCCGCCGUCCAGAACGCCAACAGGAAGCUGUCGGUGUGCCACGCUCUGACUCCGCCCCACGUGACCUCAUGGACGCACACACGCCCCGUUACCACGGAAACCAGCCCAGACACAGCUGAGCAGGGGGAGGAGUGUGAUGUGAGUGACAGCUGUCAAUCAAACAGAAACUUUGCCUUAGUUCUUCUCUGGUUAUUCAUGUCAUGUGACCCUCAGGAGCCACUGCUGGAGCGGCAGAUGAAGAAACUGGACGGAAGAGUGGGAAAAGUGUUCAGAGCGCUGGAGAAAAACUGCCUGAGCAUCGUGAUCCUGCCCGGACACAGACGUAAUGGCAUCCAUCAUCCCGGCCUCUGCUUCAUUCACGUCAAGCAGAGGGACUGAGAAUCAGAGCUUCCUGCUUUGUCCCCGCCCAGCUGAUCUGUGAUUGGCUGACCUGAUUUUUACAGCACCAGCUUUUUCAUACAUGUGAGCAGAUUUUAAUGUAUUUAAAUACCGUUCAGAAUAAACAUGACUGAAAUGUGCAGACGUGAAGAGCUUUUGUUCUGCUGAAAACAUCACAAUGACUGUGUGAACACUCAUCACAAAUGUGAUUUUUAAUCCAACUGUGUUCGUCUGCCGGUGAGAUCGUUGAGCUGUUUCACACAGUCGCUUAAAGAAUCAGUCAAACGGACACAAAAGUUCCUCAGGAUUGUGUUUUAGUGGUUUAAGUAGACGCACGUUAAAUUGUGUAAUGCACACCUAGCUGUGGAUUAUUCAUCUUAUAUCAUGGUCACUUAUCAACAUUAACAUGUUAAAGAAGGUAUUGAUGUUUGCAGCAAAAUGUUUGAUCAAAAAGGUCAAACUGUGGCUCAUUUUGUAUACAUUUUUGUAUAAAUAUAUAAAGUGUGCAUGUGCUAAAGGCAACAAUAAAGAAGGACAUAUAAAUUGCUGGAUGUUAUCGAAUGACAAAUAAACAGGAAAUGGAUUCCCAAGAGGGUCUGCUGCAGGUGCAUUCAGCAUCAGACUUCAUCACACCGAACUUUACUCAUUUCACACACACACAUCUCACAUCUAAACCGCACAAGACCUGACGGAUGUCGUGAAAAUAUGAGUCGUGAGAAAUCACACACAUGUCUGUGACAGACACUGAUUUUGUACAGACAAAUGUUUAUUGUUUGUCUUGUCUUCCUUGAAACCAAUAAAAUGAUUUCAAAUGGUU